UUUCAGGCAGGUUGGCGCGGAAUUAGGAGACUCCUUGACCAUGGCUCCAGUGUAUGGUGACGACGGUGAUGUGGAGCCAAGUGCUGUGUCAGAAGAUUCCGGGAGUCUUGUAGCCUCUCGUGCCCGGAGAGAAAAAAAAUCAAAGAAAGGGCGCCAGGAAGCUCUAGAAAGACUGAAAAAGGCUAAAGCUGGUGAGAAGUAUAAAUAUGAAGUCGAGGACUUCACAAGUGUUUAUGAAGAAGUUGAUGAAGAACAGUAUUCAAAGCUGGUUCAGGCACGCCAGGAUGAUGACUGGAUCGUGGAUGAUGAUGGCAUUGGCUAUGUGGAAGAUGGCCGAGAGAUUUUUGAUGAUGACCUUGAAGAUGAUGCUCUUGACACCAGUGAAAAAGGAAAAGAUGGCAGAGCACACAACAAAGACAAGAGAAAUGUAAAGAAACCUGUGGUGACAAAACCAAACAGUAUCAAGUCAAUGUUUAUUGCUAGUGCUGGAAAGAAAACUGCAGAUAAAGCAGUGGACUUGGCAAAAGAUGAUUUGCUAGGUGACAUUCUACAGGAUCUGAGCACUGAGACAUCUCAAACAACUCUCCCACCCGUAAUAAUAUCAAAGAAGAAAAGAUCCACUGGAGCUUCUCUGAAUCCUUUCUCUGUGCUUACCCCUAAGGUAAUUCCUUCAGGGAAAACUGCUUUUCCUGCCCCCAGGAAGGAGCUAUCAUUAACUCCAGUUCCUUUUAAACAUGCUGAGUUUGCUGGAGAUCAGGUGCACUCAGAACAUCCAGAAGAGGAGGCGUCAGGUGCAAUGGAGUUUGAAGAUGAUGACUUUGCUGAGCCCAUGGAUACUCGGAAGGUGGACAUGGAGCCUGUGGCUGCCAAGACUUGGGACCAAGAGAGUGAACCCACAGAAGGGGUGAAACAUGAGUCAGAUCCUAGGAAAGGGACCACGUCUUGCUUAGGAAAUUUUCUCCCAGAUGUCUCUUGUUGGGACAUUGAUCUAGAAGAUGACAGCAGUUUCUCAGCUCAGGAAGUCCAAGUGGAUUCCAGUCACCUCCCAUUGGUGAAAGGGGCAGAUGAAGAUGAAGUAUUUCAGUUUUAUUGGCUGGAUGCUUAUGAAGAUCAGUACAGUCAACCAGGUGUGGUAUUUCUGUUUGGCAAAGUUUGGGUUGAUUCAGCCAAGACCCAUGUGAGCUGUUGUAUCAUGGUGAAAAACAUUGAGCGAACGCUGUACUUCCUUCCCCGUGAAAUGAGAAUCGAUCUAAAUACAGGGAAAGAAACAGGAGCUCCAGUUACAAUGAAGGAUAUUUAUGAUGAAUUUGAUGAGAGUAUAGCAGCAAAAUAUAAGAUUAUGAAGUUCAAGUCUAAGACAGUGGAAAAGAAUUAUGCUUUUGAAAUACCUGAUGUUCCAGAAAAGUCUGACUACUUAGAAGUUAGAUACUCGGCGGAAAUGCCUCAGCUUCCUCAGGAUUUGAAAGGAGAAACGUUUUCUCAUGUAUUUGGAACUAACACAUCCAGCUUGGAACUGUUCUUGAUGAACAGAAAGAUCAAAGGACCGUGUUGGCUUGAAGUAAAAAAUCCACAGCUUUUGAAUCAGCCAAUCAGUUGGUGUAAAUUUGAAGCAAUGGCUUUGAAACCAGACUUGGUGAAUGUAAUUAAGGAUGCUGGUCCUCCUCCGCUUGUAGUGAUGUCUUUUAGCAUGAAGACAAUGCAGAAUGUAAAGAACCAUCAAAAUGAGAUUAUUGCUAUAGCAGCUUUGGUCCAUCACCAUUUUGAAUUAGACAAAGCACCCCCACAACCGCCCUUUCAAUCACACUUCUGUGUUGUUUCUAAACCAAAGGACUGUAUAUUUCCAUAUGCUUUCAAAGAAGUCAUUAAUGAAAAGAAUGUGAAGGUUGAGGUUGCUACAACAGAAAGAACAUUGCUAGGUUUUUUCCUUGCAAAAGUUCACAAAAUUGAUCCUGAUGUCAUUGUGGGUCAUAAUAUUUAUGGGUUUGAACUGGAAGUGCUCCUGCAGAGAAUUAAUGUGUCCAAAGUUCCUCACUGGUCCAAGAUCAGUCGGCUGAAACGAUCCACUAUGCCAAAGCUUGGGAGCCGGAGUGGAUUUGGUGAAAGAAAUGCUACCUGUGGCCGAAUGAUUUGUGAUGUGGAAAUUUCAGCCAAGGAAUUGAUUCACUGUAAAAGCUACCAUUUAACAGACCUGGUUCAACAGAUUCUGAAAACAGAAAGGGUUGUAAUUCCAAUGGAGAAUGUACGGAAUAUGUACAGUGAAUCUUCUCAUCUGUUGUACCUGUUGGAACACACCUGGAAAGAUGCCAGGUUCAUUUUGCAGAUCAUGUGUGAGCUAAAUGUUCUUCCAUUAGCAUUGCAGAUCACUAACAUCGCUGGGAACAUUAUGUCUAGGACACUGAUGGGUGGACGAUCUGAGCGAAAUGAAUUCUUGUUGCUUCAUGCAUUUUAUGAAAACAACUAUAUUGUGCCUGACAAACAGAAUUUCAGAAAACCUCAGCAAAAACUGGGAGAUGAAGAUGAAGAAUUUGAUGGAGAUACUCAUAAGAAAGGACGUAAGAAAGCAGCUUAUGCUGGUGGCUUGGUUUUGGACCCCAAAGUUGGUUUUUAUGAUAAGUUCAUUUUGCUCUUGGACUUCAACAGUUUAUAUCCUUCCAUCAUUCAAGAAUUCAACAUCUGUUUUACAACGGUGCAAAGAGUUGCUUCAGAGUCACAGAAAGUUGCUGAGGAUGGAGAACAAGAACCAAUUCCUGAGCUACCAGAUUCAAGCUUAGCAAUGGGCAUUUUGCCCAGAGAGAUUCGGAAAUUGGUAGAACGGAGAAAACAAGUCAAACAGCUAAUGAAGCAGCAAGAUUUAAAUCCAGACCUUAUUCUUCAGUAUGACAUUCGACAGAAGGCUUUGAAACUCACGGCGAACAGUAUGUACGGUUGCCUGGGAUUUUCCUAUAGCAGAUUUUACGCUAAACCACUGGCUGCCUUGGUGACAUACAAAGGAAGAGAGAUCUUGAUGCAUACAAAAGAGAUGGUGCAGAAGAUGAAUCUUGAAGUUAUUUAUGGCGAUACAGAUUCAAUUAUGAUAAACACCAAUAGCACUAAUCUAGAAGAAGUAUUUAAAUUGGGAAACAAGGUAAAAAGUGAAGUAAAUAAGUUGUACAAACUACUUGAAUUAGACAUUGAUGGUAUUUUCAAGUCUCUGCUACUGCUGAAGAAAAAGAAAUAUGCUGCUCUGGUUGUGGAGCCAACAUCAGAUGGGAAUUAUAUUACCAAACAGGAGCUGAAAGGAUUAGAUAUAGUUAGAAGAGAUUGGUGUGAUCUUGCUAAAGACACUGGAAGCUUUGUGAUUGGCCAGAUUCUUUCAGAUCAAAGUCGGGAUACUAUAGUGGAAAACAUUCAGAAGAGGUUAAUAGAAAUUGGAGAAAAUGUACUAAAUGGCAGUGUCCCAGUGAGCCAGUUUGAAAUUAACAAGGCACUGACGAAGGAUCCCCAGGACUAUCCUGACAAGAAGAGCCUCCCUCACGUGCAUGUUGCCCUGUGGAUAAAUUCUCAAGGAGGCAGGAAGGUGAAAGCUGGAGAUACCGUGUCAUAUGUCAUCUGUCAGGAUGGGUCAAACCUCUCGGCAAGCCAGAGGGCCUAUGCACCUGAGCAGUUGCAGAAACAAGACAAUUUAACCAUUGAUACCCAGUACUACCUAGCUCAGCAGAUCCACCCAGUUGUGGCUCGGAUCUGUGACCCAAUUGAUGGAAUUGAUGCUGUACUGAUCGCAUCAUGGUUAGGACUUAAUACCACUCAAUUUAAAGUUUAUCAUUAUCAUAAAGAUGAAGAGAAUGAUGCUCUACUUGGUGGUCCAGCACAGCUCACUGAUGAAGAGAAAUACAAGGACUGUGAAAAAUUCAAGUGUCCAUGUCCUAUGUGUGGAACUGAAAAUAUUUAUGAUACUCUCUUUGAUGGUUCGGGAACAGAUAUGGAGCCCAGCUUGUAUCGUUGCAGUAAUAUUGAUUGUAAUGCUUCACCUCUGUCAUUUAUGGUACAGCUAAGCAACAAAUUGAUCAUGGACAUUAGACAGUUCAUUCAAAAGUACUAUGAUGCUAUAUCUGAGAAAAGCAGUGAAAUGGCUGCUAGCCCUACCUUGGAAUACCCCUACCUAGUUGAAAUUAGGGAAUACACUCUGCUGAGAGUGAUCUCCAUUGCACCGCCCAAUAGUAGUAUUCAUUUAUUUUCUGUUAUAUUGCAGUAUUCUGACAAGUCCCUGUACACCCAGCUGUGCUUUUACCGGUACAUUUUUGAUGUGGACUAUGCACUGGAGAAAUUUGCCGAUCAUGAGAAAGACAAAUUGAAGAAGCAGUUUUUCCCUCCAAAAGUUUAUGAGGACUACAGAAAACUCAAGAACACAGUGGAGCAGUUCUUGACAAGGAGUGGCUACUCCGAAGUGAACCUCAGCAAACUCUUUGCCGAUUGUGCUAUGAGAUCCUAAAGAGGAUCGAGGAACAAUCAAGGAGGACCAGCUGCACAACCCCAGCUGCCAAAGUGCCAAACUGCUUCUCCAUGACCAUGCUUCCCCCUGCCAUUCUAUCUAGUUGAUGUGAACUGGGAGAGGGACAACAGAAAUAUGUAUCAAGCAUCAAAGAAAAUGCCAACAGUCUUCAUAUUGCAAUAUACUGCUGCACCCUUGCCCGAGUUCCUGAAGACGUAACAUUGAGCACUGGGUCUCUGGGAGAGGGAAAUUGCUUCUUGAAUUGCGAGUGGCUAGAAGAUAAAAGGGCCCUGGGUUUGGGCUUAGGGUUUUUUAGACAUAUCCCCAAAAAGAGAAGUUCAUAGAGCCUGACACCUUGCCUUCGCACAUGUCAAUUAAACCCAGUCCAAAUCCAGAUGUUUCCUCAGCCACUUCUGCCACACAGCUAUUCUUUUCAGUCUUAUCUUUCAUGUAAGUGGGGAGCUGGGGGGCUAGUUUGAGAAUCUUUGGACUCUAAACAGAUUAAGCAGCAAGUGUGUUUAAUUAAUCACUUGCUCUAGUCCCAAUACACACUCACACACACACACACACACACACACACACACAUUUUAUACUCACAUUUUCUCUUUUUUCCCUUUAAAUAGAAAGGUAAGAGUUUAUAUAACAGGAAAGCACAUUUUAAACACCUUGAUGUCCUACCAUUCCAUAAGAAAAAUGGAAAGGUUGGACUAAGGUUCACCAUGUUGUGUUCCAGUAAAUGGAGGUGGGGGAGCGCUAUUUUUUUUUUCAUUUCUUCGCAAUGACCACUUUGCACGUGGUAAAACAUACUUCAACAUAUAUUUCCCCAACUAUGCUGGUUUUUUUUUUUUUUUAAUUGCCUUUGCCGGGCACCAGUAGCUCACGUCU